AUGUCGACAGAAAAACUCAAGCAUCACAAAAUCAUCUUUGUGGUGGGUGGCCCCGGCUCGGGGAAAGGGACCCAGUGUGAGAAGAUCGUGCAGAAGUAUGGCUACACCCACCUCUCCACGGGGGACCUGCUGCGGGCGGAGGUCAGCUCGGGCUCAGAGCGGGGCAAGAAGCUGCAGGCCAUCAUGGAGAAGGGCGAGCUGGUGCCCCUGGACACGGUGCUGGAUAUGCUGCGGGACGCCAUGGUGGCCAAAGCGGACGUGUCCAAGGGCUUCCUCAUCGACGGCUACCCCCGCGAGGUGAAGCAGGGAGAGGAGUUUGAGAAGAAGAUCGGCCCCCCCACACUGCUGCUCUACGUGGACGCGGGGAAGGAGACGAUGGUGAAACGCCUGCUGAAGCGAGGCGAGACCAGCGGGCGGGUGGACGACAACGAGGAGACCAUAAAGAAGCGUUUGGAGACCUACUACAAGGCCACGGAGCCCGUCAUCGCCUUCUACAAGAGCAGAGGCAUCGUCCGCCAGCUCAACGCCGAGGGCUCCGUGGAGGAGGUUUUCCAGCAGGUUUGCUCCCACCUCGACAGCCUGAUUUUCGUGGACGGAGCCGUGCGGAGGAAAUUUCAAGGACAUUGUGUUUGGCUCUUUCCCGUCUCUCCCCAGUAAAGUUCACUUUAAUGA